AUGCCAGGCUUCCUGCUACAUGGUCCACUGGUAAGGCUGUGCAUGGGCCUCGCAUGUGUCCUGUCCCUUUACAAUACAGAGUCUGCCUUUAAAGGGGAAGCCAAGAAGGAAAAUGUCAUGACCUUCCUACUUACAACAUUGUCUGGCCUCAGAGGAGAUGAGAGUAGAGAAAAGGGGGUCACUUUUCUGGAUACCACAGAACUGCCUGCAAUGUCGGUUGAUCUGUCUGCGCUUAACCUGACAGAGCUGGUGAACGGGAUGCUGAUCAGAGCUUUAAAAGACAGCAAGCAAUUCUUCUCCUUGCUAAGUGUUACUUCCCACAGCUCCUUUGCCUUCCACAAGUUUUCUGUGGCCAUUUACAACAUUUCUAACCUGAAGACUGUGGACCCGGCCAAAUUCCCCUCACGGUACUGCUACUGCUUAAACAACCGGACCAACGAUUUAUCAGAUUUCACAGCCCUACUGGUGGACAUCAUUGGAAAUUCUACCAGCUACCUCACAGAGAUUUUAAAGUCACCCUCCAUCCUCUCAGUGAGUCAAGUGAAUGAAUCUGACUGCAUCUUCAUCUGUGUGAUGUCAGGAAAGUCAGGGAGGAAUCUUUCUGACUUCUGGGAGAUGGCGGAAAAAUCUCCUGUUAUCAAUUACACAUUUACCAGCAGCGUGUCUGGUGUUCUGGUCAGGCCCACAGCGCACAUGAGCAAACCUAAUCCCUCUUCCUGGGACCAGUGCCAGAGCUGUGGAGGGGUUGAGGGUUGUGAAGUGGGCAAGGACCCUGACAGGAUCCAGGUUCUGUUCAGGAAACACCUCAAGUGUCUGAUGCUUUCUGGCCUGACAGCUUUGCAUUCUGUGCACGUUGCUUUUGCCCGUGGCAUUUUCACCUCUCGCUACCGGGGGACGGCCCGGACUUCACAGCUCACACCCACAAGCCGGCAGACACUACCAAGGACAAGCCCCCCACGUGGAUCCCAGAACGCUGGAGUGUCUGCUCUGAGAAGCUCUCCCAGGACAGAGACAACAACUCCUUCACAGGGAGAGCAGACCACGAACACAAACAAGCAUGCUGAGGGUCACAGCAGAGCCCCGGCCGCCCUGGACGGCGCCUCUCCCACCCUCUCAGACUGGGCUACCGGGAAGGUGGCUGGAAUUCCAUGGGUGACAGCCCGCAGGCAGGCAUGGGCUUCCACACUACCUGUGCCCUGGGCUCAGGCCACCAGUGAGAAAACACCUGGAGGUCUUCCCUGGGAAACACGUUCCUCCCCGCCGACAUCUCCUGCAGAGGCCGAGAAGGCCACGAACACACGGAACUUUUCCGAGACUCCUGCCAGGACAGCGGCCAUGACUGACAGCCCACCAGGGACCAGCCCAACCUCAGGCCCAUUCACCCCUGGCACACAGACUCCAAGUCCCACCAAGGCUCCGGCCCCCAGAUAUCCACAGGCAGGUGAUCUCCCUGCUGCGUGGCCCUUUACCCCUGGAGAAGAGCCAGUCCUCGUCCCAGGACCCCACCAGGCUUCAAGGUGUCCUGAGCCGCUCCUCAAGGAGGCGGCCAUGACCUCUGCUCCUCUCACGCUGGCCGUCCAGAAGCUCAACCCUUGCCUGAUGGAGCUGUGCCGCUUUUUCCAGCAAUGCCUCUGCAUGAGCCAGAAGAGAGACCCCAGGAUGGAGGCAGUGAGGUAUUGUCUUGAACACUAUUCCUGGUUUCUGAAGAAUGCAACAUACAUCUGUCAGAGGGUGAAAAGGGUGUUCCACUCACACACCUUGAAACAAAAAUGCCUCGAGAAUAUCUGCAAGUCUGUUUGA